AUGAGUAAAUUAUUUGAUUAUUUUGUUAUAAGUGGUUUAGAUUACAGUUCUGGAUUAGAACCAGACAAAUUUUCUGAAGAUAAUCUACAUGUUUCACCUCUAGAAAGAUCCUACAAAGGAAAAGUAUUGGCACAUUACCCAGAAAGAUCAAUCACCAAUUCUUUUGAUGAUUCUGCUGUAUGCAUGUUUUCUCUACCAGCUGGACUGAAGUUUCGUACCCAAAAACAUUCUGUUACACAAGCACCUAACUUUCAUUCUUUUGUAAUAACAAGAGAAAAUGGAAAUAGAUGUUAUGGUUUCAGUCUUAUAUUUUAUGAAGAAGUUAAAAAUAGAGAUAUAUGUACUGCUAUGCAAACUCUUCAGGCUAUGUACAUAACUGAGCAAUCCAGUAGCUUGAGAACACAUACUUUACAAACUUCUCACAAUCAAGGACCCCAGUCCAGAUCCCUGCCAAGAUAUUUCAAACUGAGCCAAAAUCUUGGUGGUGCUGCUUUAACAUAUUAUGACAUUUCUAAGGACAAAUUAUAUGUUUCUAAAAGUAUUGGCUUGAUUAGUCAUACUGCAUAUGUCCAGGCUGCCAAAACCUUUUUGGAAAAUCUUUACAGAUGUGUUACUAAACGUUCCACUGGAAGUAAUUGUCUCAGUUUGGAGAGUUAUGUGUUCAAUCUAUUAUAUGAGGUACAAAUACCCUCACCAGGUAAAAGCCUCUUGGUGCAUCUGCCUCCUUCAGACCCUCAGAUGCCACCUUCUAGUACCAUAAUUCAAAUGACAUUACCACCUUGUGAGCUUCCUCACCUAGAUUACUCUUUGAGACUCAUGUUUCUGUGGUUGGGUGUAGAAAAAGUUGUGCAACUAUUUUCUUGUCUUCUGCUUGAAUAUCAGAUUUUGCUUCGAAGUACAGAUUCUCAAAGACUAAUGAUUGUGGCUGAAGGCAUAACUUCAUUACUAUUUCCAUUUACAUGGCCCCAUGUGUAUGUGCCAAUCUUGCCAGCAUCACUGCAUCAUUUUUUGGAUGCCCCAGUCCCAUUUUUGAUGGGCCUGUAUGCGUCGUCUGAAAGUAUUAAAGUGGCUUCUGAAGCCAACCUCUGUUAUGUAGACAUAGAUAAGUGUAAAAUACAGUUACCUGAAGAAAUGGCUGCUUUUCCACAUUUGGAGCCGUUCGUUGCCGAAAUUUGGUCGACUCUGGAUAAAUAUGGGGUUCAUGUUCCGAAUUCUGAACAAAAUAGAGGCACACAGGAGAUAAUUUCAAAGAGUAACACCCUACCUGGUAGGCCUCAGAAUCGAAGGAAGCUGUCGAUCCACGAUAUUCUGGAAAACGACAGACCGCCCUCUCCACCUGGAUCAGCACGAUCAGAAGCAUUACAAAGAAUCGCCGACAUCGUGCGCAGAACCGGCGUCGCCUUAGAUCCGGACGAGAUAAACCAACCUUCGGAUUCCUACGUUGAAGAUCUCAGAUUCAACAAUUCCCUCAGAGAGAUAUUUUUGAACAGAUUCGUGCAUAUUUUCCAGUCCUACGAGAAUUUCGUUAUCUUUCCGAAUCAGGACAAGGAUGACUGGUUCAACAACAGAGACUCCAUGCAAAACUUCGACAAAGCCUCUUUCUUAUCUGACCAACCCGAACACGACAGGCUAUUUCUGUGGCGAUUCCUGGAGUCCCAAAUGUUCGCGACGCUGAUAGACACCAAAAUACUGUCGACCUGGGGCCAAAUCGACCCCAACCUCCUCAUCUUCGACAACAGAAUAAAAGUGCUCAGGGAGCGGUACGGCGGCGAGAACCUCUUGCGCUCCCUGAGCUACGAACCGUGCACCAGUGCGCACGACACUCAGAAGCUGAUCGACAGGCGGUUGACCUACCCGGACUUCGAGUCUCCUUUACCCAGGGAGAUAAUGAACAAUCGGACGACAGCGGCUACUCGGCAGUUUCCCAUUUUGGAUGCGGAGAUACUGAACAAAACGCCAGUGGUCAACAAGGGCAGCAUUCCCAGGGCGGGCGCUCUCAAGAAAGGGCUCACCUUUUCGAAGCCGCCGAUCGGUCCGAACGACAGGAACCAGCGAACGGCUAAGAGUCAGGAUAUGUCUCCUGCCCUUAUUGCUCAGGCCAAUUGGACGUUCGUAGAAAAAUUACUGAAAGACUGCAAAGCUAAAACCAAAAGAAUGCUUCUGGCCAAACUGGGAGCCGAAGGCGUCACCCUGUCCAGCAGUAACGCCAACGAUUCCUCCUGCGCAGUAGAAGAAAGCACACUGGUGACCUCUCUGUGCGACUACCUGGAACGAGUGUGGUCGCAUGGGCUCCAGAAGAAGCGCGGCAAGUCCGCUCUCUGGUCCUAUUUGCUGGCCUACCAAGAGAAGCACCAGCAUCCUAGCAAAAAAGACAGUUAUAUUGGUGUGAAUGAUGUGUCGAGGUUGACCUCAAAUUUGGAAAAUUGGAAUAGCCAUUUGAGCAAUGUGAGACUGAAAACUGAUCUACCUGAUUUACCCUCGUCCCUGAUAUUUGAUAUAACGAAUGUUCAAGCUAUGGCAGACGUCCAAACUGACAUCGGAAAGGCAAGGGCUUGGGUUCGGCUUGCCUUAGAGAAAAAACAACUAUCCAAGCAUUUUCGCACACUUCUCUCAGACCACACUCUACUACGAUCUCAGUACAAACGAAGUGCAUUUCUGAGAUGCGAGGAAGAGCGAGAACAAUUUUUAUAUCAUUUGCUUUCCUUAAAUGCAGUCGAUUAUUUUUGUUUCACCAGCACAUACCCAACCACAGUGAUACCCUACCGAAUUGUGAUAGUUCCAAAUAAAAAAGGAACAACUUCGUCUGCCAAUGUUUGGAUCGUUUUAUCGGGAACACUUAUCGAAACAAAUAGACUGUCUGUUCCAAAAUCGACACUCAAUUUCGAAUACAAGCAUCAAAAUCUGGGUGUAUUGACAACGCUCAGGAUUGGACAUGACAACACCGGGAUUUACGCCAAAUGGAUGAUCGACUAUGUCAUUAUCCGAAAUGAAAUGACGGGUCAUAUGUACAAGUUCCCUUGUGGAAGAUGGCUCGGAAGAGGAGUGGACGAUGGUUCCACUGAAAGGCUUCUGGUCGGAACGAUGAUCUCGAAAAAUGAAGAGCUAGAAGUGACCGUGAGGUCAGGAGGCAGCUUGGGUCGUUCCACGCCAAGGUCGAGGUCGCCAGCCAUGUCUCCGAGACCUGAAUUGAAGGCAUCGCAAAUACAGCACAUGUUGGGUGACUGUGUCAAUAAAAUAGUAAAAUGGCACUACAGAAGAUCGUCUGAAAGACAUACUACUCUAACAGCCCUUCUUUGUAGUGAAAAUGGAUUAGUUUUUUGUCUCGAGUAUGUUUUCAUACUUGGAUUCAAAUCUGCUAGGAUGUUCAUGGGGAAACAUUAUUUAUGGGAUUACUUUGUAAGAGUUAAAGAACAUUUUGAGAUGGAGCUGUUAGAAGAAGUUUCCGGUAAUCGGACAGGUAGCUUAGAAAGAAAUCAUCAAGAAGUUGUAGCAGUUUGGAGAUGUUACUGCCAUCUCAUAGAUGAAAUUACCCAGACUAGCAAAACUUUGGGAAAGGAUGGUAAAUUCCAACAAUUUAUAUGUGUCAGCGUUAGAGAACAUUUAUUGCAUAGGAUGUUAUUACCUAUGUCUUCCUGUAAAGUUACCUUGGAAAUGUAUGAAGAAAAUUCAUUUCUAAGAAAUAGAGGUCUGUUAACUUUUCUUAGACAAAUCCUUCUCCCAUUAGAUGAUCUAGAUGUUGUUCUCGAAAAAUCGGUGUCUUAUGGAAUUUCAUCUCCAUCUUCUCAUGUUUAG